CCGGCCCAAGAUGGCGGCGCCCGAGGGCGGCGUGUGACCCCAGCCGAGCUGCGAGGCGACCUCAGCGCUUCGCGAAGCCGGAGCGGGUUCGGGGGAGGCCGAACUAGGAAAGACACCCCCCCCACCCACCCCCUCCGUCUGACCGGCUAGCAAAACAAAAGAAGCGCCUAUAAAACGCUUGGGAAAAAGUGGAGAUCCAAUGCACUGAUAAGAAGCAUUACUGAAGCAUUACAAUUCCAUUAUGUAUGUUCUCUUUUAAUCCCCUUUAUCCCCUCAACGCUCCAGAGAUUAAAAUGGCAGGGAAAGAAUUUCUGGACCACCCUAUGGAGAAAAAAAUCAAUAAUCUGAGAAGAAUCCCAGAAGACAGCUGGCAGAAGAGGUUUGAAAGGCUGCCUCAGCAAGAUCAAAAUUUCUUCCAAAAUGGAAGCGUCGCUCUUGCCCUCAAUUCAAGUCUCAUUGCCUUAAUAUCUAAUAACUUAUUUCGGAAGAUUCUGCAUGUCACACAGGCUCGUUAUUCAGCGGUUGUUGCCAUGUCCAUAGUGCCACUCACCACAACUGCAGCUGCUUAUGAGGCUGUAGUAAAUCACUCUUUGAGGACAGGUAAAUUAAAUUGUGAAAUCUGUGCUAUGGUGAGAGGUGGUUUAGUAGGAGCUGUCAUGGGCUUUUUCUACCCCGUCAUUCUAGCGCUGCCUCUGAAUGCAUUGCUGGCUACAAGGUACUAUACUGCUCCCUUGCCAAACAAAGACAAUGCAGUGCGAUUCUGGAUCUUGCUUAGUAAACCGAUUUUCAAAAAGAUGAGAUUUGCUGCUCUCAUCCAAGUUUCUUUUGGCGCGUACCUUGCCUCAAGACACUACGACAUAUAUCUCAAAGCGAUCCGCAUGCCUGAACCUGGAAGGGAUCCCGAGGAAAUCAGAGAAUAAACCUUUAAAAGGG